AUGGUUAAGAAGAAUAAUGAGCCUCAAGAAAAUGAAUCUUUAGAAAAGCAAAGGACAUCCGAAUAUAUUAGGACAAAUGAUAAUGGUUCUUAUCCACUCCCAACGGGAAAAGCACUUGUAGAAACUGAUACAACAUCGCCUUCGCCUCACCUAUCAAAUCAAAAUACCAAUUUGACAAAUCCCGAUUAUCUUGGUUUAAUACUUACCUCAAAAGUUUAUCAAAUUGUAAAAGAAACUCCUUUGCAACAUGCUAUAAAUCUUUCUUUAAGAGUAAAAAAUGAAGUGUUGUUAAAAAGAGAAGAUUUACAUGAAGUGUUUUCUUUUAAAAUUAGAGGUGCUUAUAAUAAGAUAGCUCAUUUGAGUGAUGAGGAAAGGGCAAGAGGAGUAAUUGCAUGUUCUGCUGGAAAUCACGCACAAGGUGUUGCUAUGUCUGCAAAACAUCUUGGACUUAAGGCAACUAUUAAUGUCAGCGCGACUCCAGAAAUUAAAUAUCGUAAUGUUGAACGACUUGGUGCUAAAGUUGUUUUAUACGGAAAUGAUUUCGAUGAAGCCAAGCAAGAGUGUUCUCGUCUCGCCGAGAUAGAGCAACUUACUAAUAUUCCUCCUUAUGAUGAUCCAUACGUUAUAGCUGGUCAAGGAACAAUCGCGAUGGAGAUCAUGCGUCAACACAGUUUACACAAUUUGGAUCAUAUUGAUGCGAUUUUCGCAUGCGUUGGUGGCGGUGGUCUUAUCGCUGGUAUUGGUAGUUACAUCAAAAGGUUAUGGCCUAACAUCAAGAUUAUUGGAGUCGAAACAUAUGAUGCUAAUGCAAUGCAUUUGUCAUUAAAAAAUCAAAAACGUGUUACUCUCGAAGAAGUCGGUUUGUUUGCUGAUGGAGCUGCUGUUAGAAUUGUAGGAGAAGAAACUUUUAGAGUAUGUAGGAAGGUGGUGGAUGAAAUGAUUAUGGUGACCACCGAUGAAAUUUAUACUCGAUCUAUUGUAGAACCUGCUGGUGCACUUGGAGUAGCAGGUGUUAAAAAAUAUAUAGCUGAUAAUAAAAUAAGUGGUGGGAUAUUUGUAGCCGUCACGUCAGGAGCAAAUAUGAACUUUGAUCGGCUUAGAUUUGUUGCCGAACGUGCUGAACUUGGGGAACAACGUGAAGCUUUGAUAUCUGUUAUUAUACCGGAGCGUCCUGGAAGCUUCGUGCGACUUUAUAAUCAUAUUUAUCCACGUCAAAUAACAGAAUUCUCUUAUAGAUACUCUGAUUCAGACAAAGCAUGGAUUUUUAUGUCAUUCAUGGUUAAUAAUCGUGAGCAAGAGCUUCCUAAAAUUUUGCAUGAUUUGAGAGAACAUGGAAUGUACGGACAAGACAUUAGCGAUAAUGAGAUGGCCAAGAGUCAUGCUAGAUACCUAGUAGGAGGCAGAAGUAAAGUCGAAAAUGAACGAUUAUAUAGAUUUGAAUUUCCAGAAAGACCGGCAGCACUUCAAAAAUUCUUAUGCGGACUUAGAUCGGAUUGGAAUAUUUCACUUUUUCAUUAUCGUAAUCAUGGAUCGGGUAUGAUGAACAAGAAAGUUGGUCGAGUUUCCUGUGUAAAUUUCUAUAUUAAACAUGCUCAUAUUACUGUUACAGAUAUAGGUAAAGUUUUGGCUGGAAUUCAAGUUCCGCCUCAGGAUUCCGAAGCGUUUGAAACUUUUAAGAAUAAUUUAGGGUACCACGUUGUUGACGAAACUGAUAACCCUGUUUAUAAACAAUUUUUAAUCAUCAUAAUGAGUAUAUUCUCAAAGUCGAAUCUUUCAGAUAAAGGCAUUACUGUUGUAUUAGGUUCUCAAUGGGGCGACGAAGGAAAGGGUAAAUUGGUUGACUUAUUGGCACAAGAGGCUGAUGUGUGCGCACGUUGCGCAGGAGGAAAUAAUGCUGGACAUACCAUUGUAGUUAAUGGUACUAAGUAUGAUUUCCAUAUACUUCCCUCGGGUUUGAUCAAUCCUAAAUGCGUAUCGGUUAUCGGAUCGGGUGUUGUUGUUCAUAUUCCUUCGUUCUUUACCGAAUUAGAACAACUGGAAGCAAAAGGAUUGGAUGUUAAAGGUCGCAUAUUUCUAUCGAAUCGUGCACAUUUAGUAUUCGAUUUCUAUCAGAUUGUUGAUGGGUUGAAAGAAUUAGAACUUGGUCGUUCAAGGUGUAUUAUUCAUGAUAUCCAAUUAGAGCUGUCAAAUUGUUGUUCUAUCGGUACAACCAAGAAAGGUAUUGGACCAGCGUAUUCAUCAAAAGCCUCACGUUCUGGUUUGCGGGUUCACCAUUUGUCGAAUCAUCAAGCAUUUUCUGAAAAAUUUCAAAAAUUGGUCGCGAAUCGAAAGAAACGAUACGGGAAUUUCGAUUACAAUGUUGAAGCAGAAAUUGAACGUUACAAGGAAUUAUCUAUUCGCCUUCAGCCCUAUGUCGUUGACAGUGUAACUUUCAUGCACCAGUGUAUAGCUUCAAAAAAGAAAAUUUUAGUAGAAGGUGCCAACGCUUUGAUGCUCGAUCUUGACUUUGGUACUUACCCAUUUGUUACAAGUUCUAACACUACCGUUGGUGGUGUUAGUACUGGAUUGGGUAUUCCACCAUCCAAGAUCGAUAAAGUCAUUGGUGUGGUGAAAGCCUAUACAACUAGAGUAGGAGGCGGACCUUUCCCCACCGAAUUACUUGACGAAACUGGAGAAUAUCUACAGCGUGUUGGCGCAGAAAUAGGUGCUACUACUGGAAGAAAGCGACGUUGUGGGUGGCUUGAUCUCGUAGUUUUGAAGUAUUCAACUCUUAUCAACGGUUAUACGAGUCUCAACCUAACGAAACUUGAUGUCCUGGAUGACCUUCCAGAAAUCAAGAUUGCAACUGCGUAUUUAUUAGAUGGAAUCCCUUUGGAAAGUUUUCCAGCGGACUUGGAAUCCCUUGAAAAAAUCACCAUUCAAUAUGAGAAUCUACCGGGAUGGCAAACUGACAUUUCAAAAUGUCGUCGAUUUUCUGAUUUGCCGACAAACGCACAAAAUUACGUAAAAAGAAUCGAGAAAUAUUUAGAAGUUCCGAUUGAAUGGAUUGGCGUUGGUGCUCGUCGCGAAGAUAUGAUUGAUUUAAAAAAUAAUUUAGAUGUUUGUAAUGAAAAAAAGAUCGAUGUAUAA